CUAGGUUAUUCUCCCGGAAGGACCAAGCCCAUGGCGACGUCGUUUAACGUUUCUUGAGACAUUCUUGUUUGAAAAAAUCCUUAAAUUGUAAUUGAGCCUCAUAUUGUGGUUUUCAUUUAUUUGCGUUAGUGCGUUUUAAUAACCGAGACUUUUAUUGUGAAGAGUAGUUUGACCGCGGUGGGCGUUUCGUCACUGUGUCCAGCUUCACGACGCCUGAAUCAAUACAUUUAGCUUGUUAGCAAUAAAACCGCCAACAUGGAGGCACUUCUUUAUUUUUAGCCGGGGCUGUCGAGCAUGCUUUACAAACUGUCCUGCCGCUGUGUUCCGCUAUGAGCUUGAAUAACGGCGGUUUGGUGAGAUUGCAUCAGUGACUGGGUGAUGUCCGCCCAGCCUCUGCAGCAGUCCAGGGAGGGUUCAGCAGCCUGCUAACUGAGCCUGCCCGGCUAGCUCAUGCUGAUGACUGGCUGUUUCCUGACAUUGAUUUGCAGUGGGAGGCAACCAUGGCCGGUAAGGUGAAGUGGGUGACAGAUAUUGAGAAAUCAGUGCUCAUCAACAACUUUGAGAAGAGGGAAUGGGUUCCAGUCACAGAAAGCGAGGACUGGAAUUUCUACUGGAUGAGCAUCCAGACCAUCAGGAAUGUGUUCAGCGUGGACACCGGCUACCGUCUGUCAGAUGACCAGAUGGUUAACCACUUUCCCAACCACUACGAGCUGACCAGGAAGGACCUGAUGAUCAAGAACAUCAAACGCUACCGCAAGGAGCUGGAAAAGGAGAGCAGUCCGCUGGCCGAGAAGGACGAGAACGGGAAAUACAUGUAUUUAGAUUUUGUCCCUGUGACGUUCAUGCUCCCGGCCGAUUACAAUCUGUUCGUGGAGGAGUUCCGCAAGAACCCGUCCAGCACUUGGAUCAUGAAGCCCUGCGGGAAGGCCCAGGGCAAGGGCAUCUUCCUCAUCAACAAGCUGUCCCAGAUCAAGAAGUGGUCUAGAGACAGCCGCACCUCCACGUUUGUAGCAGCAUCUAGUGGCAAAGAGGCCUACGUCAUCUCCCUGUACAUCGACAACCCCCUGCUGAUCGGGGGGAAGAAGUUCGACCUGCGUCUCUACGUUCUUGUGACCACAUAUCGGCCUCUGAAAUGCUACAUGUACAAACUUGGCUUCUGUAGGUUCUGCACAGUUAAAUACACACCCAGCACCAGUGAACUGGACAACAUGUUUGUUCACCUCACUAAUGUGGCCAUCCAAAAACACGGGGAUGAUUACAACCACGUCCACGGGGGCAAGUGGACGGUCAGUAACCUCCGUUUGUACCUAGAGAGCACCAGAGGGAAGGAGGUGACCAGCCGACUGUUCGACCAGAUCCACUGGAUUGUGGUGCAGUCACUGAAGGCGGUGGCUCCUGUAAUGAACAACGACAAGCACUGUUUCGAGUGUUACGGGUAUGACAUCAUUAUUGAUGACAAGCUCAAGCCAUGGCUUAUCGAGGUCAACGCCUCUCCCUCGCUGACCUCCAGCACAGCCAACGACCGCAUCCUGAAGUACAACCUCAUCAACGACACUCUCAACAUCGUCACACCCAACGGGGACAUCCCAGACUGCCGCUGGAAUCGCAGUCCGCCCCGAGAGGCCCUGGGCAACUAUCAAGUCCUGUACGAUGAGGAGCAGGCGCAGAGCGAGAAUGCCGAGCGUGACCUGCGGAGCCGCUCGGGUCAGUCCCUGGGGUCGAAGGGCACCAAGGGGAGUGCAGGCGUUCGCCCCGCCGCUGCCACCUGGAAGUGACGCAGUGCUGCAGACUCUUAAUGACUUCCUUCAGACAGUACAGGGGAUUAAAAACCACUGGGACUCCUUUUUUUUUUUUUUUUUUUAAGCCCAACUCUUUGAUGGACUGUUCCCUGUCUGAGCACACAGGGGCCGACAACUCUACUGCUGGAGGGGAGGAAAAUCAAUAAGGUGGUCAUUUUGGAGAGUUUAAAGGCUGGAGUUUGUAGGAAUGAGUAACUAGAAAUGUUGAAGUUGUGCUGGUGGGGCUGAAGGUCAGGCCCAAUCUCACAUAUCUCAACAGCAGCCACAGCGGAAUUUCGCACCGUGAAGAUAAGAAAAAACUCGCCCAAAAACCUUUAAAAAGUGGAUGAAAGCUUGGGAGAGGGAAAAUAAAAUCUCUCUCCAACUUGACAAAGGAGGAUUAUAAGAACCUGAACUAUGCAUGAUUUAUGAGUCCUGACACUUUAACCUCACCUACCACACAGGUGCUGUGAGAUAAAGUGUUUCAGAAAUAGAGGAUAGAGACAAGAGAUAUAACUAAAGCAAAGGGUAUAAAGAUAUAGUUUACUGAUAGGCAGUUGUUAGGCAGAAUUAAAAGUACUAAAUGUGUAAACACCCCAAAGUAGAAUUGAAUAAUGUUUUUACAAGUGCAUUAUCAGUAUGUUUAUGCAGGGGGUCAUUGAAUUGAUUGUAUCUAUUGAUUGCACUUUAUUACUUUACGUUUGCUUGAAUAUCACAUAGAUGUUUUGCAUUUCUGACAUCAUAUCUGCUGCAUUUAUUCUUCAUAUCUUAAAUACUAGUAUGUGUUUGGAAGGUAAACGCAUUCUGCGCCAUCAGCUGUCAGUAUUGGAAAAGGAUUGCAGUAUUUUGGGGCUUUUUUGCAGUAUAUUUUAAAAUGAAGUAACACAGCUUCACCAGAUACUCGCAGCAUUGAGAAGCAUUUGGAAAGGAUGUACUUCUUAAGUAAUGACUAGGGAGAUUUCACAGAAAACGGGGGGUUGUUUUGUUUUCUAUUUCGUUCCUUUUCCUUAGUAUGCUCACCCAUCACUCCAGGCUAAAGUAAACGAUCAAGAUGAUCAUGAUAAUCACUUUAACUACUCUAGAACAAGGGGUGUUACUGGUCAGUGGAUGGAAGAAAGGUGUUAAAGGGCUCCAUUUAAAACAUUUCUGUAAUGAAAUUGUGAUUUAAUCAAGCUGAUACAGAAUCCCAUUUGAGGUUUUGUGAAAUUAACUUGAUACUUGAUAUGGAAUAACAAACACCCACUCAAUAUGUAACAGGCCUCUUUAUUUGCUCUCUUUGCUUUUCUAAAAUUUAAUAUAACCUGUUUGAAUAAUGCAGUUGAGCAUUUUUUUCCUCCUCACUGUGGUAAGGGGCCGUUAAUCCCUUGAUGAAUCUAAUCUGCCUAGAGUUAAGAUUAUUCAGAGGUCAGUCCUUCAAAAGGCAAAUGCCCUUUAUGUUCUUUAUGUAAAGUAAGUCUCUGCAUGGCACCGUUCCUCGACCUUGAUGGUUUGACACUCCUCCCCCCGCCACUGCUACCUUGUUGUUUCCUCCUGGCCCUGGAGCUGGUGACAACAUGCAGAAUAGCAGCUUUUCAAAGUGUUUGUCUGUAAUUAAAUUCCCCUAUUUGUCUGAGUCGUAUUGUUAGGCUGUAAGACAUGCACAUCCUCCUGUGCUAGAGACCAAAUUACCUUGAUACAGCUCUGAGGUGUGUCUGAGGCUAGUUUCUGUUUUUGUCUGGUUUUCUUUAUUGUGGUGCAGCGUAUAUGUUGUGUACACGACACAGCUUUUCUGUUUUCAGCUUUGCAGUACUGACAUCUCUGCGUCGUUUUACUUUUUGUCUUCCUUAUAAUAAAAUAUCCAUAUUGGUGCUGCCUUGA